AAAUACAUAAAUAAAGAUCAUGAUGUAAAAGUAUCCCUCGCAUAUAUUCAGAGUGUAUUUCGAUAACAACUGCCAGUGCACAACUACUCGACUUUGUAAACGCGCUGAACAUGUAUCGGUACAGGAAAAUAGGAGUUUGACAGUUCUUCGAAUUUCACUUAAUUUCAUAUAUAUUAAAAUAUCACUUCAACAAACACUCCGUAUAUAAAAAUGCCGUGGAAAGUUGGUGGAAAUUUUGAAACUGUGGCAAUAACAUGCGAGACAAAUUGGAAAGAAUGUGUAAUCGCAGUAGCAAAUUAUUUAUGGAGCGAGGUUGUAUCUGAUGUUGUCGAUUAUUUAGCAAAAGAAGGAAUUAUGUGGGUAUUAGCGAUAGCCAUCGCUUCCGUAAUGUUUAUUCGUAUAAAAUAUUGCAAAACCACACACGCGGAGACUGCUGCACUUAAUAAACGAAUAUUAAAUAAAGUCAGAUAUAAAAUUCAGGAUCUAGAAUUGAAAAUCAAUGUUUUAACAUAUAAAAUGCAAUAUGGAACGUGGCCGUUGCCGCAUCAAAUCUGUACUUUAAAUCCAAAAUUACGGAAAAUCAGAAUGACUUUGUCCAACCCGGGUGAUCGAAAAACUUGGCUAAAGCACUUGUUGCUAAAUCCAUCAUUGGAAAGCAAUGUGUAUGCUCCUUCUUCAAAAGCAUCUCAUUCGUCGAAUUAUUUUGACAUAAAACAAGAAUGUGCGCCACACGUUAAACGUAGUGAAUUAUUAACAACCUGCAGCAGCAUUGAAACUUUAAAAUCUAGUGACCAAUCUGUGAAUAAAUAUUCAUGGAGGCCAGGUACACCUUCGCAAAAUGCUACAAAGGAGAAUAAUCUCUCUAAAAAUAAAGAUUUUAUUUUGCGACGAAAUGCGCAGCUUCUACCGUUAGAAUCAAAUAUGACUAACUAUCAGUCUUCAGGAAUGAUCCCUCAUUUAACACAGAAUGAUGCGACAAAUGCCAAAUAUAAUCCAUGUCAGGAAUUCACAGAUACUAUCUGUAAAUGUAAAUCAUUUCUUAAGGAACUGCGACAUAAUGAUAAAUGUUUGCCUUCAUUAGAUCGUUCGUCAAAAAUAAGCAAAAUAUAUUCUUUGAAACCCGCACAUGCAGCAAAACGAAUAGCCUUAUCUACAAGGGUAGAAAAAGAGACAUCCUAUGAUAUUUCUAAAGGAAAAACAGAAAGCAUAGAUGAAAUAAAAUGUGUGGAACAAAUAAAAAACAAUGCGGUAAAAAGUGCCGAAAAAACGUAUCAUCAAAGUAAAGUAUCCAAUAACGCUGUAGUUUCAAAGAUCAACAACUGUGCAUCCUCGAAAGAACUCAUCCCAAUAAUGCGACCUACGCACAACGUGCAACCUUCUCAGGAAACUUUGCACGAAGUUAAAAGAAGACUUCGAAGUUUGCAUAACGUGUUGCAAACAUAUCAAGACACAAAUCAAUCUCCUAAAAGGCAGAAAUCGACAGAUCGAAUCGAUGAGACGGACUCAUUUCUAACGUAUCCAAUUGUGGAUAUUUCAAGCGAAUAUUUCGAACUAGAUCGCUCGGAAGAAAGUUUAUCUUCCUUGGCCGAGUAUUCAUCGAGUACAUCGAAGACGUAUCGACGUUCCAGUAAAAAUGUUACAUUGCGAGAUACUUGUUCCAAAAAAAUUAGUCAGCAUAAUACAGAAAGAUCAGUCAGAAGCGAUUUCUCAGAAGCAUUUGUGACAACAGAAUAUAAAGAAAGUGCGUGCGAACAAAACAUUUUAAAUUGUAAUCGUAAUCAUGAAUUAAAAUUAAAUACUGAGACUAAUAAAGAUGCAAUAAAAACAAACACUCUAAUCAAUAUCCGAAAUAACAUAUCUGAGGCGGUAUCGGAAAACAUCUUUUAUAUCUUAUCACCUGAAAGUAAGGAUAUCCAAACUCAAAACGGAAUAUCGUUAAAGAACAAAUUCAAUACUAAAAAAUUCAGCAAUACGUUUGAUAAGGAAUGUGACAGUAAACAUCAAGAGAAUGAUACAGGAUCUCAAAAUAGUAGUCAAAGUAAAAUGUCGAACAACAGAGAAAACAAAUCGACGACACUGUUGCUUCAAGAAGCUUUGCAUUUCAAGAAUGUUUUACUGACACACUCAAGAAAGAAAUACCCAACCAGUAAUAUAAAACAGGGCAGUACCGCGGAUGAAUUCCCGCCAAUGUCAAACAAUAAUUUUCCUUCAAUGAUAAUAGAUGUCAAAGAAGAAGAUCCAGUUAUCAGUAAUUCUCUCGAUAAUAUUAAUCAACAUUACAUUUGUCUAGAAAUGAAACAAUUACGCGAUUUGUUUCCACAAUCUUCAAAAAAAGCAAAUACAUUGGCAUGUGAAGAUGAACGAGACACGGAGAACCAGGAUAUUCCUGAAACAUCUUCGGAAUAUUUUAGCAUUACAGAUCUCGCGGUUCAAAACAACGCCGAUGUUUCAGAGAAACAUCCAGUUUAUGAAAAAGUAAUAUCGAUAACGAUACCAAUUGAUAAAAUCAAUGUAAAAAAUCCAGAUGAAAUUAAUAUGAGUGAGAGACCAAUACAAACAAAAACUGUGCUACGAAAUAUUCAGACUCACGUAAGUUUACAAGAAAAUUUGAGAGAAAAUGUGGGCUCCAAUGUCGACAACGUUGUAACCGACAAACGUUCGCCAAGAAUGUUGAAACUCGAAGAUCUCAUAUUAGAACGCGUUAAAAAUAUCAGGGAUUACAUGGACACUUUUCUUCAAAGCCAAAAUGUAGCAAUCUUCAAGGCACGCAGAGCGCUUCAAUGCCAAAGUAAAAGCGACAUUUUUCAAUGUUCGGAUGAGGCGAGUCAUAUCGUGGUAUAUAAUCGAUCGACCGCAUCAUCCAGCUGCAGCAGUACCAAUCAAAUUGUCAGUUCUUCAAAAAAAUCAUUAGAUUUUUUAACAGACACAUGGCCGAAUUACAUACAGGAAUAUAAACAGGAAAUGAAAGAUGUUUUAAACUAUUCCUCCGAUGUGUACUUAAAGAGAAAUCCGGGAAUGCUUGCACUUGUUACUCCUACAAAAAAUAAAUUCUCUAACAAGAACGAUUCACAACAAUCGGAAGUAGCUACAGGAUCAAGAGAGGAAGAAGCCGAUCUAUAUUUUCCGAUAACAUAUUCUUGCAAAAAUGACUCAAAAUCUACGCAUAGAAUAACGAACUCGAUCACGCCUCGUUGUGAAGAACGUAUUACACCAAAUACAGAAAAUAAUAAAAUAGAUAAAGGAACGACAGUCGAUUUAAAUACUGAUUUCCAUAAACGUAGAAAACAGACGCAAAUUGCUGAAAGUAAGCCAUCAAAAAUAUCGUAUGUUUCGCUCGAUGUUGCGAACACUGAUGCAAAAGUUAUUCACAUAACGCGCGAGGAGUACCUGACAAAAUCUAAUUGCAAUUCAAUCUCCCAUAGUAAUUCGUAUUUCACCGACGAGGAGAUAAUAAAUGAUAUAAAAAUGGAUGACGUAUCUUCCGAAUCUACAUCGAAUAUAAAAUAUUCGCAUGCAAACGUACAAACAGAAAUCAAACAGAAUGUUAUCAAACAACAAAUAUCCGUAGAUGAACGUCCGGAUGUAAAUGUAGCAAUGCCAAGCAAAUUAUCACCGGAUAAUGACUAUUCUAAUCUGACGAUAAUCAUUGAUUCGAAUCUUAUUCUUGAUAAAUCAGGAUCCAAUUAUUUUACGAAAGCGAAAACAGCGUCUUCUUUAACAAUGUUAAAAAAAAAAGAUUUUAUCUUUAAUCCUGAAGUUUCUCUACUACCUCUCUCACUAGAGAAAGAAAAUAAAACAUUAAAUACAGAUGGUAUUUUAUUAAAUAAUUUAAAACAAAAUAACGAAAUAUCUGUAGAUACCAUACAUUUAUCGCCCCAAAUAGAAUGUUAUUCGAUAAAUCCUUUUCAGACUUCCCAAAUUAAAGCCAAAAGCGACAUGUCUCUACUAAAUAAUAGAAGUAAGAACUUAAAAGUCAACUUAUACCCUAAAAAAUCACACUCAUUUUUGAUGCGCCACAAUACUAUGGACUACAUCAACGGCAUAUUACAUCAACCCUGUACAAAACUACACAAUAAUAAAACUAAAUGUAUAAAAAACAAAUUGCGACUCACAACUCAAUCAAAGUCCGUUAUAUCACCGCGAAGAACGCCCACCAAAUCUUGCAUACCAAUCUUUAAAAAUCGUUUAGAAUCGUCUCACCGAAUGAAACAUCGAGCGCAGACAAGAUGUCCCAUAAAAAAUCCGUUGACUAUGUUAUGGGGAGAAAAGACUAGUAUGAAAGAUCACGCAACAAACGAAGAGGUUGCACAAAGUGAUAAUGAUUCAAUAAAUAAACAUCUGCGAGUAGCAGAAACUGUAUCAAAUUUCACUAAAUUAAAUAAUACAGAGAACAUACUCGAUAAAGAAUUGGAGAACUCUAACAUAAUAUGCAAAGAUACAUCAAAGAAAAAUUCGGAAAUUUUGUGUAGUGAAAAGAUAGUGUCCUUGGCAAUCGACAAAGAGCAUUCAGAUGAAAAAGAUAUAAAUGACAGGAAAUUAGAUGAUGAGACAAGCAUAAUGCAGCAUGUAGAAAAAAUUGUUUCGAAAGAGGCAGUUGUCAUUUCUAUUAUGGCAAAUGAUAAUCUGCAGAAAAAGUACCCGGCAGAUCUGUUUAUUUUAAACACAAAGAAUAUCAGCCCCGCGACGGAUCUGCUGAUACAUAAAAACAAAUUAUGGACUAUUACUGUUGGAAAAACGGAAAAAGAAGUUACGGUGAAACCUUCUGUUACAGAUACAUGUACAUCCAUGUCUGACUUACAAUGAAUGAACCGAAAUGUAUAACUUAUUUUAUAUAUGUAAAUAUUUUAAUAUUUUUAUUUAUCAGGUUCUUUUUUAUA